UCUGCAACCCAAUAGAUCUUCUCUAAACUCAGUUCAACUUGGUUAAAUCUCGAUUAAUUAAUCGGAAGGGAACUGUUGAUGACAUUCCCUUCUCAUGCACCACCUAAUAUUUUAUGAGGGAAGCUCACCCUUUAAAGCAUCCGUGAACUCUCUUAGCUCGCACUCUCGCAGGGCGCAGAAGCGAAGAGAGAGAUGGCUUCAGUUCUCAUCAACCUCGCCGCCAUUCUCUCUCUAACCCUCCCCCUACUCCUCAGCUUCUCCCGACCUCAUGUCGCACUCUUGACCGGUGCUGCCGAGGACGAGGAUGGCGGCUUCUACGUGCUCGAUGACCCGGCACCGAACCUCCACUCUAGAAGCCGGUUCUUGGCGAGCGUUAUCAAGAAAGGCACGAGCUGCGACCCCGUCACCAACAACGUCUGCGACGGGAUCUCGGCGAACAACGGGACGAGCAUCCUGCGGUGCUGCAAGACCCAUUGCCGCAACGUCCUCGGGGACCGGAACAACUGCGGGGCCUGCGGCCAGAAGUGCAAGCUCGGGGAGCUGUGCUGCAGCGGGGCGUGCAUCAACAUCGCGUACAGCGAGGACAACUGCGGCAAGUGCAACAGCAAGUGCUUGCCGGGGCUGAAAUGCCAAUACGGGACGUGCGGCUACGCCUGACCAGGCCCUAGAUUUUUUACCCGACGGGGACGCGACCGAGGUCGAAGUUUUCCGGAGAUAUUUGAGCAUGGAAAAGUGUAGGCGCAGGCAUGAAUGAGGGAAGAUUGAUUUAAGUACUUAAGUCUGCGUUGGUAAACAAGGUCCGGAGUUCGAGGUGUGUUUUCAUUACAUUGCCAAGAAUUCCAUUACUUUCACGAAGAGGAAAUCAAGAAGCUUUUUCAUUGUAAUAAUAAUGAGUUUCACAGUGGUACGUUUACCGUAUUGUGUGCCAGUGUGGUGCUCAGAUUUUCCAGUUUAAUUCAUGCCAAAUUUAAUUUCAAAUUUACAAAUCAUUAUUCAGAGAAAUUUC